ACUGUAAUUUGCCAGUAAAAACAUAUUUAGGUCAUUCUCGUACAUUUUGUUGCUGCCCCGAGUGAAGAAGAAGAUGAGCAGCAACAGGCGUGGCCCUCCGAAGCACCAAAAUCAAUACGCCUGGAAGCCAAACGCCGGUGUUAAGAUAAACGAGAAAGAAGUCGGUGGCAAACUAAGACCUUACUCUGAGAUAACGGGAGUUUGUCAACGAUGUAAAGAACAGAUUGAUUGGAAACGCCGUUACGGCAAAUACAAACCUCUCACCGAGCCCGCCAAAUGUCAAAGUUGUUCAAAGAGGGCUGUGCGUCAAGCAUAUCAUAGUUUGUGCGCUGGUUGUGCAAAGGAGCAAAAUGUAUGUGCAAAGUGUCGAUGCCGUGUGAAAUGUGUAGUUGGAAGAGACCUUGCUGAAGUAGAGGCUGAGCAAAAGAUGCUUGAGGAGGCUAUUAAAAAUGCUCGAGAAAGGGAUCGGAGGACCAUUUUACGUGCUAUGGAUAAAGGUACAUCUAAUGAUUCUGAGAAAACCCCAGCUAACAAAAAUAAGGUUGGUGAAUUAUUUCCCACUGCAUCCCUUGACGAAUAUGCUGCCAAAAGCAGAGGUUACAAAGGCAGCAAUGAUAAUGAUGGUGAUGGCAUCAAUGAAAUCAAUGAUAAAGAUGAUAAUUUUGUUGAUGAAAAUGAUGAUGUUGAUGAUGAAGAUGAAGCCGGUGAUGGUGAUCUUGAUAAGGAAGAUCAAGGUGAUGGUGAUCUUGAUAAGGAAGAUCAAGAUAAUGUCGAAGAUGGGGAUCGAACUUUUAACUAAGAGAAGUGUAAACUGUUUCACAGUGCUGCUUAUACUAUUUGGAUGGCCUCCACCCAACAACAGAGGCUACGACGAUUGUAGGUUCCAUUGUUUGAGUGAUGUGCUAAAAGAGAUCUUAUAAAGUUUCAGAUUUCAUUUCUUCUGUUUAGGAUGUUAUUUCGUGGAAAUGGUGCGUAUUGUUGCACUGUAAGUUUUGCUCAAUGAAAACUUUGUAUGCAACAUGAAUCAAGAAGUUCUGAGUGACCCACACCCAUUCUUAAUAUUUGUUGUCUAAUUAUUCUGUACUAGAACUUACAUGACACAAGUUACUUAAUAAUUGAAAUUAUUAUGGACA